UCGGUUCCUUUCUCUGGAGAUUGAAAUGUUUGGUUCUUCCCGUGCCGGGUUUUCAAGAUGAGGUGUUGAUCUAGUUGGAAAACAGAGUGGCCUAUAUUGAAUGAAGGCAUUGAAGCAGAGCAGUUGAAAGAGAGAGAGAGAGAGAGAGUUUGAGCCUGAGAAUAGUGGCAGCUAAGCUAAGGAGCUAGCGACUAGGAGGAGAGAGAGAGAGAAAGAGAGAAGCAGCUUAAAGCGACAAGAGCAGAGAAAAAAAAAAGCAGAGUUGAGGGUUUGCUUGGGGGUAAAAGGGGUAAACAAGAAAGGGAGAAGAAGAUGUUUACGUGCAUAGCAUGUACGAAGCAGACGGACGAUGGUGGAGAGGAAGGAGGAGCGCGUGGCAGUGGCACCCCAAGUACAAAAGAAGCCGUCAAAAGCCUGACGGCGCAGAUCAAAGAUAUGGCACUGAAAUUCUCCGGUGCAUACAAGCAAUGCAAACCAUGCACAGGGUCGAGUAAUUAUAAGAAAGGAACACCGAGACCUUACCCAGAUUUUGAUACUGCUUCAGAAGGGAUUCCAUACCCCUAUGCUGCAAGCUCAAGUUCUACACCAGCUUGGGACUUCACCUCUAAUCAUCAGUUGGGUGCAAGAUCAGACUCAAGAUUUACCAGAGCAUAUGGUGGUGGUGAUCGGACCCCGGGAGGUGCAUCCUAUGCUCAGUCUUGUGAUGUAGUUUUGGAUGAGGAUGAGCCUAAGGAGUGGAUGGCACAAGUGGAACCAGGCGUACACAUCACUUUCGUAUCUCUUCCUAAUGGGGGAAAUGAUCUCAAACGAAUUCGUUUCAGCCGAGAGAUGUUUAACAAAUGGCAAGCUCAGCGAUGGUGGGGUGAGAAUUAUGACCGCAUCAUGGAGCUCUACAAUGUUCAGAGAUUCAACCGGCAAGCUCUGCACACUCCUCCAAGGUCUGAAGAUGAGCAGAGGGAUUCUUCUUAUUCAAGGAUGGGAUCUGCUAUGGAAAGCCCUAUGGCUCCAUCAAACAAGGAUUGGACACCAAGGAACCAGUAUAAACCCUCUGGAGCCGGAAGUAGAGGCUAUUUCCCAUCCGAUUCUUUUGAUCAUGGUGGUGGUGGUCACCACUAUAAUGCUGGUGGUUCUAGUGCUUAUGGAGCGGGCGGGCACAAGGGAGAGGCAUCAUCUUUCGAUGCUUCACGGACAACAACCUCCUCUAGAGAUGAAGCUUCAAUCUCAAUUAGCAAUGCUAGUGAUGUCGAGUCAGAAUGGGUUGAGGAAGAUGAGCCUGGGGUAUAUAUAACCAUAAGGCAGCUAGCUGAUGGCACUCGGGAACUUCGCCGUGUCCGAUUCAGCCGCGAAAGGUUCGGGGAGAUGAACGCGAAGUCAUGGUGGGAAGAAAACAGAGAGAGAAUACAAGCUCAAUACCUUUAAAUUUUAACAUUACAAACACAACCAACAUUUCUGAUGGAUGAUGAUAUGAAAGAGUUCA